GCCCUACCAGAACAUGCACUUUGGUGACCAUGUUUGCCCUCUCAGCUCUCAUCUUCCAGGCCUGUUUCUUUUUUUCCUCCCAGACUUUGCUUCUGCUUCUCUUUAGCUGUUAUACUACUUCUUGCCACAAGGUGGCCACAAUGCCCAUUAAUGACUCCUAGUACUAUUUUUUGAUGAAAAAAAAAGGGCUCUUCAGCUUUGUAAAUGAUUCCAAACUUCUGUUGUGUUAUGUUUUGGUUUUGUUUGUCUGGAAGAAAUUUGAGCAGACUUGUUCGGAACUGUCAAUAUGUUAACUUUGUUCAGUAUUUGUUUUGGGGUAGUUUUGUUUUUUAUUGGGCUUUACAUCCGAUUUCCUUACUUUAGACAUGACUGUGUGUACAUUUUGAAACUUUUAAAAGUGAGUUCAAGGAGAAAAGAGUUCCGAAAGAAAAAGCCUUUCUACACCAUCCUGGACUGUUUUUUGGACACUGUCAAAAGGCAACCAGACAAGCCAUUCAUUGUUUUCGAGGGUCUCGUGCACUCAUAUGAGGACAUUGACAGGCAGAGCAAUCGAGUGGCGUGGACAUUGAGGACCCAGGCCAGACUGCGCGAGGGGGAUACUGUAGCUCUGUUCGUGGCUAACGAGCCUUGCUUUGUGUGGCUGUGGCUCGGCUUGUGCAAACUUGGCUGUGCAGUCUCCCUGUUGAAUUGCAAUAUCAGAUCACGAUCUCUGCUACACUGCUUCUCCUGUUGUGAUGCUAGUGUUCUCAUUGCUUCAGGAGAUUUGAAGGACCCUGUUGUUGAAGUGCUUCCAACACUAAGAGAGCAGAAUGUCUCAGUGUUUAUCCUCAGUAAGGAGUGUGACGCAGAGGGGAUGGAGGCCCUCUCAGAUAAGAUGGCGAAUGCCUCAGAUAAGCCUGUACCACCAGCAUUCAGGUCAAAUGUCACCAUGGGAUCCCCAGCAUUGUACAUUUACACAUCCGGCACCACAGGUCUCCCUAAAGCUGGCCUAGUAACUCAUGAUAAGGUCUGGAGCCCCUCUGUCUUUCUACUCCUGGCUGGGGUCACCUCAGAUGAUGUGAUCUACACGCCCCUCCCACUCUACCAUGGUGCAGGCCUCCUCAUAGGGGUGUGUGGAGCCAUAGAGCGGGGUAUAACAGUUGUCCUGAGACGAAAGUUCUCUACCUCACAGUUUUGGGAUGACUGCAGAAAGUAUAAUGUGACUGUCAUUCAGUACAUAGGUGAAACAUUACGCUACCUCUGCAAUUCACCCAAGAAAUUCAGUGACAGAGAACACAGAGUCAGGCUCGCUAUAGGAAAUGGACUCCGAGCUGAUGUCUGGAGCAACUUCAGGAGUCGUUUUGGAGAAUUGGACAUCAAGGAGUUUUAUGCAGCAUCCGAUGGCAACAUAAGUUUCAUGAAUUACCCUGGAAAGAUUGGUGCAAUAGGCCGAGUUAAUUUCUUCCAUAAGAGACUGUUCCCUUAUGGUUUAAUAAAGUUUGAUUCAGAGCGAGAGGAACCAGUGAGAGACUCCAAUGGCUUGUGCAUAGCCACACCUCAAGGUGAAGCUGGUCUCUUGGUAUCAAAAAUUACCAGAAUAGCUCCUUUCUUAGGAUAUGCAGGAAAUCCUGAACAAACAGAGAAUAAAAAGCUACAUGAUGUCUUUCAAAAAGGAGAUCUCUAUCUAAAUAGUGGAGAUCUGCUGAUGAUCGAUCAGGAUAACUUCAUUUACUUUCAGGAUCGGAUUGGGGAGACUUUCAGAUGGAAAGGAGAGAAUGUUGCCACAACUGAGGUUGAGGAUGUCCUGACAGAGUUGCAUUUCAUUGAGAAUGCCACUGUCUAUGGUGUCAGAAUGCCAGGUCACGAAGGGAGGAUAGGCAUGGCUGCUGUAACAAUAAAAGCAGGUAGAGAGUUUCACUGCUCUGAGACUUUCACACAUGUGGCCAAUAACUUACCAUCUUACGCUCAACCAAGAUUCAUCCGGAUUAAGAGUUCCUUGGAGGUCACAGGGACAUUCAAGCACAUGAAGGUCAAUUUGGUUGCAGAUGGUUUCAACCCAUCAGCUAUCCAAGAUCCACUGUAUGUUCUUAAUGAAAAAGAACAUUGCUAUGAUCAGAUGACUAUGAAUUAUUACAAAUCGAUUAAUUCAGGGGAAGUCCAUUUGUAAUUAAUUUUUAGUUAACAUUUAGUUAACAUUUAAUCUGCAAAUGAUCUGCAAUGGGAGAAAAAGUCAAAAUGAACACCCAGUUUUUAAAUUGCAGCACAUUUCUACUUGGUCUCCAACUUCGGGCUGUAAUUCUAAUGUUAUAGCACCCCAAAAUAAUGAACUGCUGCUUGAAUAUUGUGUUCUUUUUGAACAUUUAUUUAAACUAAUUACAUAGAAAACAUAAUGAACUGCAUACAUAUUCGUAUGCAUUAUGUCUAUUUUCGGCUAUAGCCUAAAACCAUGACUGAAGCCUAAUUACUCUCACGUUCUUAAAGUGACAGGCACUCAAUUUGACCUACACACUAUAGCCUUCAGUGUAAUGACAUUAAAGAUAAAUGUAAGUCAAUAUGACAAUCGUGUAAAAUGUAAGUCAAAAUAAAAAUCAAUAUGAAAUAUUCAACUAUAUUGUGUAUUUUAGCUGGUAAUUACGUAGAUCAUAAAUAAUAUAAACUUAAUAUGAAUAUGAAUUUCAUCAUGUAUGAAAUACAAACAUAUGACAUGAAGCCACCUUUUCAGUGAGUGUGUUGGGGGGAGUCUAUAUUGUGUAAAGUCUAAAAUCUCCACUGGUGUGGUGGGGGGCUCCCAAAUCAAAUCAAGAAAGUUAUUGACUUAUCAAAUCAAGAAAUUAUUGACUUAUUAUCGAUAUCAAAACAAUACUUUUGACACACUUAAAUUAUUAUCAUGUAUUUUUCAUUGGCUCCAGACUUAUGCAUGAGAUAGAUACAGGGCUUAAAGCAAUGAAAAUGUCUGUGCCUGAAGUUAUCAGACAUUUAUAAGGGCGUCAUAUGGCCUAUACUGUAGUCUCAUUGCCUAUUUUCAAAUCUUUAGCAUACCAGCUCACGCCAGAAUUCAGGCACAGUGCCUGAACACUUUAAGCCCUAGAUAGAUAGACUACAGAACAUCUAUGAAUCUGUAAAUAACUAUUAUUGUAUUGGAUUUGAGUUGUAUCGAUCUACAACACCACUACAAAUGGCACUGAGAAACCCUACAUACUGUCAUAUUUUAUUCACCUGGUUUAACAACUACCACAUGUUUAUAUAGCCUAUGUAGUCUAGGGCCUAGGCUAUGGGCCCCAUGUGUCUGCCAAGGUUGUGCAAGAUUGUGCUGAUACCUUUUGCACCCUUUUGCGUUGGCUGAUACCUUUUGCGUUGACAUCCUGGUAACCGCUCUGUAUGCUAUGACUGAUGCAAUGUUGCCAUUAUAGCCUCAUUUCGUUGUCUUUGUACUUGUAGGCCUACUCUGCACAAUGACAAAAGUUGAAUCUAAUCUAACCUAAUCUAAAUUUAUCACAUGAAAUGAUGUAACAUUUUUGUUUGUUUGUUUUUACACUUCAGUAAAUGCAUUGGUCUUAAGCAUAAUAAAUUGCCAUAGGCCUACACAUCUAAAA